AUGAGUGUGGUGAGAGAAACAACAUCACUGACCCAACCACUGACAUCCUCCAAACGGCACAAGAGUGUGAGAAAGAGCUCCAGGAAGAUCUACGCACCUUACCAGGACAAUCCAGUUUCCUCCGAUGAUGAAGAUAAAGAUGCAGAGCGGGUGGACAGUAACGAUCCUGAGGAAAUGUUCCAGAAUAUUCAGUUCCAGAAAGAAAUCAUCGCCAACAUCCGAACACGGCCCUGGCCAAUGAGACGCAAGCUCAAAGUCUUAAAACAGGCCAGGGAGAUCGUGCUGAAGUAUGAAGGUAGACUGACCAGGACGCGAGGAUACCAGGCUGCAGGGGCAGAUCUGUUAAAGAAGAUUUCAAGAGUUCUCUACAACAUCCUUGUUUUAUUCAUCCCUUGGGAAAUGAGGAUUAAAAAGAUUGAAAGUCACUUUGGAUCCGGUGUGGCCUCAUAUUUCAUUUUCCUACGAUGGCUAUUUGGGAUUAACAUCGUCCUCACAAUUAUGACUGGAGCCUUUAUUGUCCUUCCUGAGCUCCUCGCCGGUGCUCCUUUUGGCACUACACGCAGCAAAACCAUCCCAAAGGACCAAAUCGCCUCAGCUCAGGACCUUGACACCAUCUGGUCACUUGGGGGUUACCUGCAGUAUUCUGUGCUUUUCUAUGGGUAUUACGGAAAUGUGCGUAAGAUUGGCAGUGCUGGCUACCGCCUGCCUCUGGCCUACUUUCUUGUUGGGAUGGCUGUUUUUGGCUACAGUUUCGUCACUCUCUUAAGAAAAAUGGCGAAGAACUCACGGUUAAGUCUAUCUAGCGCUUCCAGUGAGAACUACACGUUCUGCUGGCGAAUCUUCUGUGCCUGGGACUACUUGAUCGGCAAUCCCGAGGCUGCUGAGAGCAAAGGAGCAGCAAUAGUCAAUAACAUCAGGGAGGCCAUUGUGGAAGAGCAAGAGAAGAAGAAAGAAACCAGCCUAGCGGUUUUGAUCAGCUUGAGGAUACUGGCCAACAUCCUUGUCUUGCUCUCACUGGCAGGCAGCAUCUACAUCAUCUAUUUUGUCGUGGAUCGCUCACAGAAGCUGGAGCAGCAGAAAGCAGAGCUAACUCUGUGGGAAAAGAAUGAGGUGAGUGUAGUGGUUUCCCUCAUUACUAUGAUCGCUCCCUCUGCCUUUGAGCUGGUGGCCCAGUUGGAGAUGUACCAUCCAAGAACCAGCCUUCGUUUCCAACUUGCCAGGGUGCUGGUGUUGUAUCUUGGAAACCUCUAUAGUCUGAUAAUCGCCCUGUUGGACAAAGUGAAUAGCAUGAGCUCUAAUAUUCCAGGCAACUGGUCUGACUCCACAUCUUAUCUGGCCACCAUUUCCCAGCCUGCAGAGACCAACCUGUCCACCAUUGUCCCAGAGAUCACUGAAGGGAGGAAUGGCACUUUCACCAUGGCUGUAAUGGAUGUGAACCAUACCACCAUCAGUGUCAAGCAGAGUGUCAUAUCUGGACCAUCAGCACCAGUCCUAACUGGAAUGAACCAGUCCAUACUAUAUGAAUACAAUGGUAAAACCCAGCAGGAUCAGUGCUGGGAGACAUAUGUUGGGCAGGAAAUGUUGAAGCUCUCAAUCAUUGACAUGAUCUUCACCGUGGCUAGCAUUUUGUUGAUCGAUUUUAUCCGGGGUCUGGUGGUUCGAUAUCUGAGUGACUGCUGCUGCUGGGAUCUGGAGAGCAAAUUUCCUGAAUAUGGAGAAUUCAAGAUAGCUGAAAAUGUCCUACAUCUAAUAUACAACCAGGGAAUGAUAUGGAUGGGGGCCUUCUUCUCACCCUGCCUGCCUGCCUUCAAUGUGCUGAAGCUGAUUGGACUCAUGUACCUGAGAAGCUGGGCUGUGCUCACCUGUAAUGUUCCACAUCAGCAGGUCUUCCGGGCUUCCAGAUCUAAUAAUUUCUACCUGGCCAUGCUCCUGUUCAUGCUUUUCCUCUGCAUGCUACCAACCAUCUUUGCGAUUGUGAGGUACAGGCCGUCGCAACACUGCGGACCUUUUAGUGGUCAAGAGAAGAUUUAUGACAUCAUCUCCGAGACAAUAGACAAAGACUUCCCUGCAUGGUUUAGUAAGGUGAUGAGUUAUGUCACAAGUCCUGUGGUGGUUCUGCCAGCUCUUUUGCUUCUUUUCAUGCUGAUCUACUACCUGCAGUCCAUCGCCAGGUCUCUUAAAUUCACAAACAACCUGCUGCGAAUGCAACUUCAAACCGAACGCACUGAAGACAAGAAGAAAGUGUUUCAAUUGGCUGCAGGUAAAAGAGUCAAAUCCUUUGCAAAUUCACUGAGUGUGUUCCCUGCAGCACGUCUCCAGCCACCUGAGGGCGGUGAGCAAAAACCAGAGCAGGAGAGUGACAUCACCAGCAUGGAGUCACCAGCCCGGUCUGCUUCCCCUCCACGUCGCAAUGGUAGCAUCAACAAAAUCAUUUCCCCCGGCCGUCACAGCAACAGCAUCCGCACGAUUGCCCAGUCAGCCUCUCGGCCUGAUGAGAGGAGUCCCUCCAUCCUUGUGAGACCCAAGCCUAGCAGUGCUUACAGAGCAUUUGGCAGCCCCGCCAUUCCCCAGAGGGAGAUUCACAGGGUGGAAUACAUCCCCAUCAGGUAUCCAGCCCAUCCAGGCCGCUCCAAAUCAUAUCACCACAUGGCCUACAAUCCUUCUGUGCGUUUCUCUGAGAGUGUCCACUCAGACCCUGUAUUCAGGAAGACCCUCCGGCCCAUGCACCCAGAGCCUGGUAUUGUCACAGCACAGAGCUACCUGGGCCGGCGUACUCACACCACCCGGUAUGUCAUCCUAAAUGAGCAUGAACCACGCAAAAAGAUUAUGCGUUCCACCAUGCGUCUGCCAAGGCACUACCGUGUGGUGGAUGAGCCAGCUGAGAUUGUGGAGCUUUAUCCCCGCAAUGUGAAGUGCUACAUUCCCCGGAGUCAGCAGCCCCACCUCAGUGAAGAAGAGGAAGAAGAUGAAGCUAAUGAUGGUGGAAAGAGAGGGUCUUUAGGGCACUCACACCGGCCGAGGUCACUCUCUGAUCUCCAUCAGAGAUCACCAGCUCGCUUUUACAUUGGCGAAACUCUGGACAGCCGCCUAGCACGGAGAGUGUAUGGAGAGGAAGAAGAAGAUUAUCUAGAGUGGGAAGAGGAAGGCCCUCGUAACCGCUCCCAGACAAGUAUUAAGGUCACAGAAACAUCACACAGGCAUGGAGAACCUCAGGUCAAGCCCAAGAACAAACGCAAGGGGGAGCCAUCACUGACUGAGUCAGAUUCAGCCUCACUGGAGUCCAGCAGUGACCAGCAGAACAGCAGCACUGACCAGUACAUCCAGGUCAUCCACAACAAAGAGAAAUAUCUAAAACACAGCACGAAGAUGACUAAAAAGAAGUCCAAAACCAGCACUGAACUGAAUACGACUGGAUCAAAAGAUCUAGUGUGCUCAAAUGUUUGA